AUGGCAGCAAAGUUGUCUCAAAGUCUUGAGGAGCAGGUCACUUGCCCCAUCUGUCUAGAGCAUCAGUUUUAUCGUUCGCCAUGUUUGACAUGCAAAAUAUUAUUUGUUAUUGUACAGAUUGAGAACGUUAACUCACUCAAAGUCAACAUUUGGGUCAAUAGAAACAUCGCACUCCUCGAGCAGUCUAAAACUGAGGACCAAAAAGUAGAAGCAGUACUGUGUGACAAACACAAGGGCAAAAAGCUGAAGCUUUUCUGUGAACAAUGCGAGACAYURAUUUGUAAAGAUUGCACCCUGAUYGACCACAAAGAUCAUAAGUUUGCAUUCAUCGCAGAUGUUGUAGAGAAGCAAAAAGGACAACUUCAAAAGAAAAUGCAACAUGUAUGUGGAACAAAGAAAAAGAUUGAAACAGCUUUGAAGACAGUGAAACAUAUGCAAGAAAAAGUGAGAAAAAAUGAGAAAAAWAUCAAGAAAGAGAUAGAUGAGAAAAUCGACGUAAAAAUUGCAAUUCUGGAAGAGAAGCGAGCAAAGCUUAAACAAGAGUCCACAAACAUGACGGCAACGAAAAUAAAGGAACUCUCUUUACAACAGGAUGGUCUUGAGAUGCAAUUGGCGGGUCUGACAAGCGCAGUUGAGUUCACUGAAAAUAUUCUUGUCAAGGGCAGCAAUAAUGAUGUUUUGUCAAUGAAGAAACAAAUAGAAUCGCGUUUAACGGAGCUAUCAUCAAAUAAAGAAAUUGAUUACGAAGUAGAUAAGAAAUACAAGCAAAUGUUCUUACAAGUCAAAGAGAUACCCAAUUUUCAUGAAAACAUCGUGAACUAUCUUGUAAUCAGAGAAGGUUUUGAUCUUGGAUUAAUGUAUCGACAAGCAUUCCAACAGCUUUUCGAUUCGAUUUCAACUAUUUUGUAAAAAUUUUUAAUUUAUGAUCCAGUAAAGUAGUCUUUGAACGCCCACUUGAUUUAAACCAAGAAGAACUGAAAAAUCUCGAAGUCCUGGUUGACGGUCUGUCUGUCCAAGGAAGUCCUCUUUAAAAGUUAUUGCUACUAAAUUGCUACUAAGGUUGCACAAAGUGGCCUAGAUUGUUGUUCGAUAAUCCCAUGCAGUAUUUCUUCACGAAUUAUAUUUCUAUUUACCAAUAAUAAUUGUUUUCAUUUGUCACGAUAAUAACUAAUAAUUCUGUUACAAAAAAUAUUAAUAAUAGAAUGAUAAUGAUAAUUCUUAUUAUCAUCAAUUAAUUAAUUAAUGUUUUUUUUUCAAGAUUAAUUCUCAUUUGUAAAAAAAAUAGUGAGUCAGUGAAGCAAUAAAUAUGUAAGUUUUAUACUUUGUGAAUUUUGUCUUUUUAUGCACAUUCAAAUGUUCGACACUUGAUAGAGCGGAUUUCGUAUGAGUGGGUCACCGUUACCGCACGGUUACCGCACGGUUACCGGACCUGGCCUUCACAUUUUUGGUGAACCAAUGGGGCACUAGAAUUUGGUUACAGUACGAUUACGGUCACAGUACAGUACCGUCCGUUUCCCACUCAUACGAAAUCUGCUCUAAUAAAUUACAGAAAUAAAUAUUUGUAAAGUUGGAUUUUUUAUGCAUUAUUUCAGUUUCGGGUCAGGUGUGUAAUUGGAGUUUGUCAAUAUUUGUGAAGAUUCUUUGUCAUCAUAAUUUGGUCUUCAAAUCGACAGGUACCCGAGUCGAAUCGUGUUUAGGUCGGCAGUGAUCGGAAAAAAGUCGGAUUCCAUCGUACUUUAGUCGAGUUUGAUCGUGUUUUAGCUGCCGUUAAUUCAGUAUCCCAAGGUUUUUGAUCUCGCUCAAUAAGUUUAAAUCUAUAUUCAGUCGUGAUUCUUUCGGACUGAAGUCGGCACGGAUCGGAAUUCAUUCGGAGUCACGAAGAGUUACUCGUCGUCUUCUCCCUUCUGUUCGUCCUCAACCGACACUCCAUGGUGUUUCAUCAUGGCUUUCAUCAUGAUCUCAAGUUGAGUAGUAUGUUGAAGAACUGAU